UUUUACACUUAGUAGCGUUAGCUUUCCUUCUAUCCAGAGCAGUCGUGUGAAGAUUGAGGUAAAGUAACUAUGUCAACAAUUGAAGAACGUACGGCUUAUGAAAAGAAUCCAUAUUUUACUGGACAUAUCUAUGGAAAUUUCUCCCCUUUUUAUGUGACGAUCGCUGUCUGUACUGUCGUACUUGGUUCCAUUAUCAUUUUAAAUAUAAUAUUAGGGUGUUGCUCAAAACAUCGUAAAUAUUGGCAGGAUAGGCACACAGGUAACCGAUGGUUGGUUUCUAUUUGGUCAGCUACGCCACAUUUGCAGCCACCCUUGGACUUCACAGAACUAAAAGACGCCUCAUAUUUUGAACGAUUCUACCCGAAAACUCAUAUCUUCCGCGAAGACAUCGAAGCACCGGAAGUACACGUGCAACAGCAAAUACAAAUUGAACCACCUUCUCAUCAAUUGCAACAACAAAGGCCACAACGUCCGCAAGGCCGUACAUUACAUCAACAACGACAACGUGAAGAAUACGUUGAACUGCAGAAGCGUGAAAGCGAUAUCUAAAUCAACAAGCAGUAGAAAGAUGGCAUUUAUUUUGUUUUUUCCAGCUGUAGCUGCCCUUGCUCUUUUUAUUGUGGGUGUCAUUAUAUUAAUAUUGCGAUUUGGGCCACGUCUUUGUGGUUUACGCCAUCACGCACUUCCCGAUAAUCAUGAAUGGGAUGAAAAAAGUUAUGAGCACGAGAUCAGUUAUGCCUGAACUAAUUUUACAAAUGCAUUAAUUAAAAUUAAAAUUUACAAUUUUUAUUUCGAAUCCACGUUCCAUAAAAUACGAAUAAUUCUAAAAAUGUAAACAUAAAUAUUACGACGACACCCACGUUGAGACAUAGUACAAACUUUGUAUAUGUAAAACAUUAUAUGACACAAAAUCCUUUUAUAAAUAAGUGCCUUGAGUAAUCAACUUUAAUUCGAAUACAGUAAGAUUAUUGUGUAAUCAUAAAAUAUAGACUUCUCAAACCAUUCCGUCCAAAAGGAAAUUUAAAAUAUCUGAGCACAAUUUACAACGCUCUAUUCUUUUAUUCUAGAAUGUAAGAAAAAUUUGUGUAAUUUUUUAACGCCAUUUAUGUAAACAAUACUGCACAGUGAAAUAUUUUUCCAAUAAAAAGUACUAAAAAUGUACAAA